AUUCACAUUCACCAACUCAACCUUAGCUAAAGAUUCUCGAACUUGACACAAUGUCUGAUCAUCCUGACUCGCUUGUAUCACUCAAAGCAUCUGACUCCGGCCUUCACAUCCAACUCCACCCGUUGAUACUCCUGACAAUCUCCGAUCACAUCACCCGCCACGCAGCCCGAUGCCAGAAGGGACCCAUAGUCGGAGCACUGCUGGGCCAGCAGAACGGCCGCGAAGUCACCUUAGAGCAUGCUUUCGAGUGCCUGGUGACGGAAGGGCCGAACGGAGAAGCCCAGCUUCCGGAUAGCUGGUUCAUAGAGCGAGUCCAGCAAUUCAAGGACGUGCACAAAGCGCCAGCCCUCGACCUAGUCGGAUGGUGGUCGACCUGCCCAUCUUCCGGUCCCAAUACAUCGCACCUGCCCAUCCACCGCCAAAUUCUUCAACAACACAAUGAGUCGGCGAUAUUCCUCGCUUUCCACCCCGCAGAUGUGACCGGAGCCUCAUCAAGCAGCGGCAAGCUGCCUCUCACGAUCUACGAGAGCGUCUACGAAGGCGAGAGCACCCCGAACACCAACAACACCACGAACACAAUGCAAGUCGACAGCGAAGAACAACCAAUCCUGAGCAUCAAGUUCCGUGCACUCCCAUACUCCGUCGAAACCGGCGAAGCCGAGAUGAUCGGAAUCGACACCGUCGCGCGCACCGCUCGCAACGCCGCCGUCUAUCCACCCACCAGCAGCACAGACACAUCCUCACUAUCCCAAGUGCCCAAAACCCAAGGUUCGAGCAACGACCAGCAGCGAAAAGCAGAACCACAACCAAAUGAACCAUCCGACCUCCUCUCCCCGGACGAAGAAGAGCUGAUCGCCAGCCUUAACACCCGCAUCAACGCCAUCCGAACCCUUGAAUCCCGCAUCUCACUCAUCAAAUCCUACGUCUCCAGCAUCUCCUCGACUCCCACCUCUACCUCCACCUCCACCACCACCACAACAGCAACACCCCCAACCCUCUCCCACCCCAUCCUCCGCGACAUCAACGCCUGCCUUUCCCACCUCUCCCUCCUCACACCCCCUCAACAGAGUGCCUUCACCGCCGAAGCCCUCGCCCAGUCCACAGACGUCCACCUCGUUGCCCUCCUCGGCCAACUCAGCCACAGCAUCAGCGACAUGCGGGAAUUGGGCAAACGCACCGCCAUUCUGAACUACCACCGCCGCACCAUGGCCGCAUCCUCGGCAGCCGCGAGGAAGUCGGGACAGUCCGGAGUGUUGGGGUCGGGCGGCGGUGGUGGUGGUGGUGGUGGGGAGUUGCAUCAGUUGCGGAUGGGAGGUCGAUUUGGGGACGAGAUACUCUUCCCGAACAGAGUCGGCGGUGGAGAUGGGCUUUAGAAGCGAUACGCACCUAGAUGUCAUAACUGGAGUAGGUUGCCAUGAUGAAACUUAGCUACGUAAUGAGAUUAUG